AUGUCAUGCCCGUCUAUUGGUGGCACCAUCAAGCGCGUCGAGCGCAACAAGCGCAAAUACGUGACUGCGGUCUCUGGACUUGAAGCCUUCGGGCUCGAGCUCAAGAAGGUGAGUAAGGAUUUCGGCAAGAAGUUCGCGACGGGGAGUAGCGUUACCAAGACGGCGAGUGGGGGCGAGGAGAUUGUCGUGCAGGGGGAUGUGAGUACGGAGAUUGAGGACUUCUUGCUCGAGAAGUAUGGGGAUUUGGUGCCGGGGGAUAAUAUUGAGUUGGUGGAAGACAAGAAGAAGAAGGGGGCUAGUGCGGCGCCCGGGCCGUAG